UCGAAGAACGCGCAGAUUGCGAGCACGUGACCGGCAGCCAUGGUGGGAAACGGAACGAGCGAAUCGGAGAGCGAUUACCAUCCCCUCUCCGGACUGCGCGAACAAAGAGACAAAGCUACUUGGUUCGUGUCGACGGUUGAUGCCAUUAGAAAGUCGUUGGCAGUUGGUGGGUGCGGUUGCUCCGCGAGGUAGAGAAAGGUGCGUCGGUGUAGGCUUGGCGAGAAAGUUUAUCCGCGACGGUUGUAAAGUGUGUACGGAAGGUGCGAAGGAACGCGAAGAAGCAUAGAAGAGGAAGAUUAGAGAUCGAAAGAACGGCGUUGCGUUUCAGUUUGAGUUAACCAUUCCACCGUUUGGUCGAUUCUCGCUGGCGCAUCCGAGGAAUCGAAAAAUCGAUUCGGAGCUAGUUUAACGAGCGAAAGAAAUUCCGAACGCGACGUUCCCGAGUAACGAGGGAUUAAAUUGGCUCGGUCGAACGAGACCGCCCCUACGAAUUCAUCUGGUAUCGAGCGAAGCUACGACCAUCGCGAGAGUUUUCGCGUCGAACGAACGAGCGGUUGUUGCGAAAUCGUCGAUUUUCGUAAAAGAAUUGCUUAAAACCGACCGGUAUUUCUUUUUCGCGCUGGAGCGUCGACGAACUAAUACUAAACGCGAUCGUGCGACGUGGCCGCGACGCCAUUUUGUGAAGAUUGCUGUGCGCGUCGCGCGAUCAACAACGGCCUCUCUCGUCCCGUGACCCACCAUCAUCGAGCCGAGGAAGAAAGAGUGUUUCUCUUGGAUCGUCGCGGCGUCGUCUCUCUCGACAAGAUCGGUAGAGAGGAAGAAAAAAAGGUGGAGGCGGAAGAGAACUGGUGUAACAUUAUCAUAGCUCGUUCGACCUGGGUUACAACGCGUAGCAACCAUGAGACUGGAAAUUGUGUCAGCGGCGGAUUUUUUGGUGCAUCUGCUCCGUAUUCAGACGGGCCAACUGUCGGAGCGUCAACUCGAGAUGUUCAAAUCGUCGUUGACGGAGGUCCUACGUCAUCGCUACAGGGAUCACUGGUUCCCGGAUCGUCCGAAUCGUGGUUCCGGUUACCGUUGCAUACGCAUCAACGGUAAAAUGGAUCCCGUGAUCGCGCAGGCGGGCGCGAACGUCGGGUUGCUGCCCACGGUAUUGCACAGCUUGUUCCCAAGCGAGCUCACCAUGUGGAUCGACCCGUCGGAGGUGUCUUAUAGAAUCGGAGAGAACGGAUCGAUUUGCGUUUUGUACGAACGAACGGAACCCGUGCCGGAAGAAUCGCACCAUCAACUCCAGCAUCAGCAUCAAUUGCAACACCAGCAUCAACACCAUACUCAACACCAGCAACAACAACAACAACAAUUCGAGAGCUGCAAGGACUCCUUGUUGCUCGAGCAUUCGCAAUUCAGCGAGCAGAUCGCCGCGUUCGUUUCCAGUUGAAGCGUUUAUUGGCAUAAGUUUAUCGGUACGACGAUGCUAGGCGUCUCGCUUAAUUUCCAUUGGACGCGCAUCACGCUCUCGGACUGAUCAAAGCAAAAGCACACACGCGUUCUCGUGAUAUAUGUGAUGAUACGCUGCCCUGGUUGAGUGAAUAUUCGGCUCGUGUACACGAACGCGCGAUCCUACACCAUCUAUGUAUACUAUACAUAUAUAUACACGUCAAAUCUUUGACCAAGCUGCGCAAGUACGCGACGGCGUCGCUUGCUAUUUCGCGCGCGCGCGCGCGUCGUCUCUGAUCGAGAGACCAACAACGGUAACAAAUCACCAGUUUUUCGGCCAACUUCUCCGAAGGAAUUCGUCCAUACGCGUCGUCCGACACGACGGCUCGCUACCGUCGCAACCACGACUGACUCUAGUCCAACCGUGCGCGAGUCAUCCCGUGUUUUCGUUGAUACCGUACGAAACGGGAUACUCAUGGCGGAAGAUCAUCAUCAUCGUUUAACGUACGAAUAGAAUGGCCGCGCGUUCGCGUUCACGCGCAACGACGACUCAUCCAGGAGCGGCGGUCCUCUUGCGUCCCGGCGAGUCUCGCGAGAAGAUCCGGCUUUUUCCAGUUUCGAGAGGUACCACCAGUGCCCGACGAGACUGCCUGCAAAGUGAGAAGAAAAUCUGGGCGAGUUCCGGCGAGGAUCUCUCUCAGCCCGACAAAUUGAUCUCAGCCUCCUCCAGCGUAUUAUCGCGAAUCCUGAAGGGAAGGUACGCGGAGCGAGGAACAACGAACCAGUCUGACCCUCUUCUCUCCUCUGUUCCGGAGCGAGGACAACCGUAACGAGCCUCUCUUCCUCGAGAACAUUUCAACAAUGUGUUUUUACCGUCGCAAAUCUUUUUUCUUCCACGAACUUUCUUACGCGUCGAUCCAACGGAUCCCCCGGUGUUCCGAUGCUUUCUGACAGCAUGCUCUCUCCACUUUGACGGACAACAACAACAACAACAACAACAACAACAACAACGUCGAGGACAACGAUCGAACGGCACUGCGAGACCGUCGUCUCCUGUUUUCGAGCCGAUGCGAUGGGAAAACUAACAACUUUAUCUAUCCUCUCUUUUGUCGCGGUGGUCGUCGAGGAUUGUUUCCUCUGAUAUCGCCACCGAGCCACACACGAACAUCCGACACUGACAAUUUCCGAUAAACAACAAACCGAAUGAAAACAAUAGAAAACAAACCCGUAUAUUUUAUGUUGCCACGUCGUCGAACACACACAGGAGAAACCCGUUAAUCCAUACAAUUUCUGAUUCUCUUCAGAAAUUUAUGCCGAGCUUCUCAUGGAACUCGUUAGCAACGACGACAUCACCGUCGGCGUUAUCGGAAACUUAGGAGCGGAUCCAGAUUGUCGUUUUCGGAUCGUUCACCGUCAUCGUUUUUCAUUGGUCGUCGGACGUCGAGCGAUCCCAAGCUCGGCCCACACGUUGGUAUCGUUAACGUUACACAGUAAAAGAAAACACACGUUACACUGCAUACGUACAAACCUUUAACAAAAUGCGCGAGUUUAUAUGUACAUAUAUAUAGGUAUUAUGUAUGUAGAAAGCAGUAUAUACGUGUAAGUGGGCGAAAGAGAAACUCGCACGUAUAUUUUGUGUCAAAUUGUAUAUUAUCUGUUUUUGUGAGCGGAGAAACACGGAGAGUGAGAGUGAGCGAGAGACAGAGAGAGAGAGAGAGAAAGAGAGAGGGGGAAUGCACGAAGACGAAUGAAAGGUGAGCGGCAGAGGGAGAGAAAGGGAAGCGUGCAUGCGUGCAAGAAAGGGAAGCAAACAAAUAUGAGGUAAAGAACUGUGAUUAUCUUGGAAUGAAGGGAGCUCGUAUUUCGUGCAUGUGCCGUACAAUUAUCUUUUCUGGUGUUUCGAACGUGACAAAAGGGGUCGAUCGAAUCGAGGAAUGCAUGUUGACGCGAACGAGAAAUUAAUUAAAACGAACGGUCGUUUCGAUAAAAGAAUUCGCACUUUAGGUAACAACGGCGACAACUCAACUGUCGGUUUCGUAAUUAUUUCUUUAACUUCCGGCGUUUUAUCGACGUUUAUUCCGAUCAAGCUUCGUCGUUGACAACCAUUUUUUGAGCGAAGCGUAGUCGUUCGGGAGUUAAAAUGUGAUCGUGGCUUUGGAUGAUUUGUCUACUCGGUAAAUAAUCGGUUUCUUUAAAAUAGCUAAAAGACGCGUCGUAAUCGUUGCAAUACUCCGCGUAAUGCAAUUCAAAUAACGCGUAGAAUAGAGUCGAGUGUGCGAGUUUUGAAAGUUUGAAGCGUGACGGUUUUUCGUUCGAGAUAAAAUUUCGUUCUACGUACAUGUGCACGUAUAUGUAUAUGUAGUUGUGCGAUCGUUUCGGGAUAUCAACUCCGAUGGCGUGUCCGGUUUAAGAGGAAUUUGGUGAAUAAUAUAGAAUGGAACGCGUAACGUGCAUCGACAAGUUUGCGCGUUUUACCAUCUAUCGUCGGCGAGUUAUCUUUAUUUGCCGCGUAUCUAAUUCCUACGUGAGAAGAAUCGAGUCUCGGUGCGCAAGAAUUCGAGAGAAUGAUGUUCGUUUGGAGACGGUAGAUUAUUCGACGGUGAAGAGUGUGUGGAGAGAGAGAGAGAAAGAGAGAUGAAACGAGAGCCGAGAGAGAAGUGUGUCUGCGAGAAAGAGAGAAAGAUGGAGGGCAGAGGUAUUUGUCGCGUUCGGUAUAAAAUCGGAAGGCUCUGUAUGUAGCAAUUAUAGAAACCGUGUCUGUGAUUAUAUUAAGAAUAGAGAGACAAUAUAAGCAAUCUCUGUGUGAACGACCUAAUUAGAGGCGAAUGUAUUCGUGAUUCCGCGGCACGCGUAUACGCGCCUAUAUUGUACCGAUAUUUAAAAAUAUGUGUUUAUAAAUACGUUUACGUCCAAGAGUAUGCGCGGCAAUUUUAAACGGAUUUUUAGAUUAACCUUUUAACGAUCAAACCUUUACGCGGAUUGUGCAUUAAUCGCGUAUACCGAAUACAUACGAUACAUAGUAUAUCCGACGGGUUCGCUUGAUUUUUUUUUCUCUGGUUGCAUGUUUUUCUCGUCGGGAACGAUCGACGUUUUAUCUAGCAAACAAAAAUUAGAAAAAUAGAUUUGAUCGUUGGGCAGUUUAUCAGGGUCCGUGAUACGCUCGCAGCGCGCGAUAAGUUGCAAUUGAAACGCAAACACGUUCGAUUAAAAUUGCUAAACAUAUAUACCCGUCAUCUUGCGAAAUUCCGAUAGAAGCCGGGGCGCGCAGACGAGGACAAAAUUGGAUUUCGCCGUUUUUGUUUAAUUUCGAAUCACAGAAUGCGAACCGUAUCUCUCCGAACGACCAUCGACGAAACGAAUUUGUCGUUCGACGAAACUGGAGAAAGCGUGAGUCGAACGGCGACGCGUAGAAAUCUCGCACACCUUAUAGUCCGUAGACGAUACGAUACGAUGUAUAUGUAUGAUAUAACUUGUAAGAGCUGUAAAGAUAAUGUUCCUUUUUCUCUCUUCUUUUUCUUUUCUUGUCUUCUUUAUUUGAUUUCGAGCCAUCGGAGGAAGAUAACCGACGAUAAUAGGCCGCGCUCAUCCGAUAAACCGUUUGAUUCGUGUACACACACAAACACACGUACAGACACUCACACAGAUGUAUUGUCCACGCGUAAACGAACGAACACAUUACACGAAACCGUAUGGAAUUAUAUUCACAGCGUUGGCGAACAAGCGGAAAUUCAGCGAGAAAAAAAACGUUGCGAGAAUCGGAGCGAGAGUUUAUUUCACGAGCGAAUUGUAAUUACUAUAUAUACAUAUAUAUACGCAUAUAUUAUAUAUACAUACAAGUUGUAUAUAUAUACAAGUUGUAUAUAUAUAUAUAUAUAUGUAUACAUAUAUAUAUAUAUAUAUACACAACUUGUAACUAUACAUAGAGUCCUUCAGGAAGAAUUUGUACAAACCCGCUGGCAUAAUGUACCAGCAAGUCUGUGAUUUUAGCUUGGUUAAUUCAGUAUUUUUUUAAAUAAAACGAGACAAAAUCAAGAUAAACGAUAAAAAAAAAAAGCAAGAUUCGAACUUGGAAAGAGGACUCGUGCAAGGGAGAGACGCGAGCAAGAGAAAGUUUUGUACGAGAAAAAGCAUAAGUCGUUUAUACCGUGUUGCGUAUCGAGCAUGGUUGGAGGUCGAUGUGUGACGCGCGUGUGUGGGAGGAAGGGGAGGUGCAAGUAGAAAAGCAAAUAUAGCAAAGUGCCGACGGGAGAUAUUUAUCGCGUGUAUAUUUCACGAAAAUUUGUACAAAAAGUCAUCGCUCGCACGCCGACGUUGCAGACGCAAAAUUUUGAAUCGUAUAAUUUUCUUUUUUUAUUUUUUGAAUUUUUUUUUUGAAUUUUUAAACGCAUAUUACCGUCGAGGGCCGUUGCGCUCCCGAUUUGAUUACAAUUGUAAAUAUGAUAAUAUACUUAACGUGUAAUUUCGAUCGUGAAUUAACAACGAUGGUGUGUGUAGAACAAAAAAUGAAUGUAUUUUCUUUUCUCUUUUUUUUUCUCUUUUCUUUUUUUCUUUUAGACGAUAAUUAAUUAUUUAUUCGAACUCGAACUUCAGAGUUUCAUUUGCACUGUAAAUCAUACGCGUCCUCUGCGCGAAUAGUAAUUGUAAAAUUCAAUUGGAAAUGUGCACAAGUAAUAUUCGUCUUCCGUUCGCAAUUUUCACGUACGAUCCCUCCGCUUUCUCCGAGAGUUGCCAGUGUGGUGGUGGGGUGGAUGCGAGCGUGACAGAGGAGCCGAGACGUAUAGUUAGUUAGCGACAAAAGAGAUACGCAGCGAACAUCUGGAAACGCGUCGCGGUGGUAUGUAAAGGCAAUACCGUUUUCGGGUGCGUUCAUGUGCGUUUCUCGUUCGUCGUUGCAAAGAGCCACAAUUUAUUUAACACGCUGACGUUGAAAAAGUGUCCGGUACCGCGUCACCUGGACUUGUUUACACUCGACUAACGGCUUCGAGAGUUCGCUACGCGUAUCUUUUCUAUGUUCGCUGUACCGGCGGAGGGGGGUGGGGAAGGAAUCGCAAAAUUAGAGUACAUGUCGUGUAUCGUUCUUUUCUGUGGAAUUGACGCUUUUGUUGGGACACCAGGAAGGAGAAUGCACGCGCGAGAGAGGGAGAGAACGUGUUUCGAAAGAAAAUUGUGCGACGAGUUAGAAAGAGUGUUUGCGAGAAUGAGAGCAUGCGAGCGGGUAGAGCGAGAGAGGCUACGAGAGCAGAUCGAGGGAGAAAAAGAGGGAUGGACGGUAAGAGAGCGUGAGGCCCGGCAGGGGUGCUCAACUCGGGUGAAGUAGGCCGUGGGUUCCAUCGUGGUAAUAUAUGUAAUUGUGAUGCCGAAUUAUUGUAUUAGAUUAGACAGAAUUCGUAGCGACUUUAACACGCGUUUCUCAAGCUAAAGAGACAAACGAGAUACGAGACACCGAUCCAAGGUCAUCGAGAUCCGAAUUCGGCGGCCCUGUUGGUCAGUGCACAAGGAAAACAAAAAAAAAAUUACAACACAUCCACACACGCGAACCGAUCGCGAUCGCAAGCGAGACGAUCUACACGAGGAAUUCUGUAUAAAAGAAAUUCGCUUUACCAAUAGUCAUACGAGAAAAAGAAAAAAAACACACCGAAAAUAAUACACGUUGGAGACGUAAGAUGCACAUACACAUGUACACGUACACAUACUUUGACGAGAUACAUGGAACAGACACGAGGAACACGUUUACGUACACUCUCGAAUCUGUAGACUAGUAGGUUUACUAUUAAUUAUGAAUUAUGAUUAUUAUAUCUAUUACUACAUCAAUGUAUAAUUAUAUUUAGUUUUUAGGUUACUAUGUCUAUCAUUUUCCGCUUGUACAUAUGCCGUGAGCUCGAAAAAAUUAAAUCUUUAUCAAAUGAAAUCUAUAAUUUUUUCGACUGUUUUUGUACAGAGAUAAUAAAAACAAAAAGGCCUCGUGCUUAUGAAAUUUCAUGAAUACAAAACAACCGCUGUCCAGUA